GAUCAAAAUCUGGGCAGAUGCAUAGAUCAGCCAGUGAAAGGUUGCUGUAAAAAUACGUGUACUGUAGCUGAUGAUCUAUCCAGGAGAUUUAUCACUGUGCAGUUUCUCUAGUCUCUACAGACUGGCAGUGUGAGACCCUGAUACUGUUCUCAAACCUAGCCUACCGUAUGCUAGCAUGCUGUGUUGCUGCUUUCCAUAUUAUGACAAAGUAACUGAUGGAUUUUUCGAAAAAGGAAACAGGGUGAAAACUACACAUAAAUUGUUUUCAUGUUUCUUGCUCUGAAAGAACUUCUAUGGGUUUGUGACAGCAAUGGGCUGGCUUUCUACUUGUCAUGCGAAAGAUUCUUUCUUUUAUGUAUUUUCUUUCUUGAAGAAAUGGAAGCAGCUAUCUCGACUACAGCGGAGUGUAAUUCUCUUCCUGUUUGCCUUCUUGGCAGUCUGUGGAGUCAUUUCAUAUACAAACGUGGGGGAACAGUGGAAAAGUUUAACAAACAAAUCAUCAGAAGAUCAGAAGACAGAACCAGAAAUCCCUGGAUUGAAACCAGCAAAUCCAGCUGUUUUACCAGCACCCCAGAAAGCAGAUACCAACUACCCAGAGCUUACACCUCAGAAACAUCCAAAGCUGCUUCAUGUCCGACGUGGCCCUCCUAAUCUGCAGAUUAGGCCACCACGGAGAGAUGUGAGGGUAAAGGCCCAAAAUGUUGCUGGUAAGGCUGAAGAAGUACCCAGCCAGGCUGAUAAAGAAGAGAAAACAGAAAAGUCCAUUAUUAGCUGGAGAGGAGCAGUGAUAGAACCUGAUCAAAGCACUGAACCUCCUUCCAGUAAAAUAAAGGAACCAGAAAAACCUUCAUCUGUGGAAGUGGAAGACCAGAAAGAACCAGUGCCCAUAAAUGAACGUCAGAUGGCAGUAAUAGAAGCAUUCCGCCAUGCAUGGAAAGGUUAUAAAGAGUUUGCCUGGGGACAUGAUGAGUUGAAGCCUUUGUCCAAAUCCUACAGUGAGUGGUUUGGACUUGGACUUACUCUAAUUGAUGCUUUGGAUACCAUGUGGAUUUUAGGCUUAAAAGAAGAGUUUGAAGAAGCAAGGAAAUGGGUGGCCACUGACUUAUUGUUUGAUAAGAAUGUGGAUGUGAACCUCUUUGAGAGUACAAUUCGUAUUCUGGGGGGUUUGCUGAGUACCUACCACUUAUCUGGAGAUAGCCUCUUCCUGGAAAAAGCUAAAGACAUUGGGAGCAGGCUUAUGCCAGCAUUCAACACACCGUCCAAGAUACCAUACUCAGAUGUAAACAUUGGCCGAGGCACUGCUCACCCACCCCGUUGGACAUCUGACAGCACCGUGGCAGAGGUGACCAGUAUUCAGCUGGAGUUCAGAGAGCUCUCUCGUCUCACUGGGGAUGAGAAAUUCCAGAAAGCAGCAGACGCGGUGAUGAAGCAUGUACACUCCCUCUCCGGGAAGAAUGAUGGGCUCGUGCCCAUGUUCAUAAAUACCAACAGUGGGCAGUUCACUCACCUUGGUGUCUACACUCUGGGAGCCAGAGCCGACAGCUACUAUGAGUAUUUGCUCAAACAAUGGAUCCAGGGUGGGAAGAAAGAAAAUGAACUGUUGGAAGAUUACAUGAAAGCUAUAGAAGGGGUGAAAAAGCAUCUGCUUCGGAAAUCACAACCCAAGAAGCUUACUUUUGUAGGUGAACUAGCACACGGCCAUUUCAGUGCCAAGAUGGAUCAUCUAGUUUGCUUCUUGCCUGGGACGUUGGCUCUUGGAGCUCAUAAUGGUCUAACUGCUGAUCACAUGGAGCUGGCCAAAGCCCUCAUAGAGACUUGUUACCAGAUGUAUGCUCAGGUAGAGACAGGCCUGAGCCCAGAGAUUGUGCACUUCAAUCUCCAUGCACAAAAGGACCACAAGGAUGUGGAGAUCAAGCCGGCAGAUAGACACAACCUGCUGCGACCUGAAACUGUGGAAAGCCUGUUCUACCUGUACAGAUUCACUGGAGAUAAGAAAUACCAAGACUGGGGCUGGGAGAUCUUGCAGAACUUCAAUAAAUAUACACUGGUUCCUUCUGGUGGUUAUACUUCCAUUAACAACGUCCAGAACCCCAGUAACCCAGAACCAAGAGAUAAGAUGGAAAGCUUCUUUCUUGGAGAAACACUCAAGUAUAUGUUUCUGCUGUUUUCAGAUGAUGUAGACCUAAUCAACCUUGACAAAUAUGUAUUUAACACAGAAGCUCAUCCCCUUCCAAUCUGGGCACCAGCAUAGAUGUACUGUGUGUAUCUUCUGUAGCGGGAUGUUACUUUGAGUCACUUUACCGUUCAGGGUUUGAGCUGGGACAGCAGAGAAUUGCUAUAAUUACCUUUGCUUGGCUUUUAAAAAAGUUGGAAAAGCAACCCUGAUUUAGAGAAAUCUGUCAGUCUUACAUCUAACUCCGUGCUUUAGCGCGGGGCUAGACAACCUGUGCACAUUAUGCUGCUUUUCCUGGAUUUGAUACAGACAUCAGGAUUGGGAAAGCAAUUUCAGUGUGGACCCUGCUUUUAAUAGGUCCCCGAGCAACCAGUGACUCACCCAUGCCAGUCUUGGUAGACUUUGGUUUGAUUUCAAGACAGUGUCAAGUUGUCUUAUAGCACAGGAUUGUCUCUGGAGAAGAGGAUGUUCUGAAAAGCUUGACUCUACUCUUUCAGUUGUAUGAGCCUCUAAUAUCUCCAUACGGUAUGUGGGGUAAACAAAGAACUAUGCUGUUAUCUCAGUAAAAAAUGGGGAUGUCGGUAAUGUUGCUGACACUUUGAUCUCAUUCCAAACCAACGAGCUGUGCAGCAUUGUUAGAAGAAAGAAGUUACAUUACAGAAGCAUCCACAGUACCAUAUCUGAAUCUUAUUGAGCACUUUGAAUGAUGUCUUAGAGCUAUGGCUAAAAUGGAUGAUAGAAAAUAGAAUACAGAACUUGCUGCUGAUUUGGUUCAGUGGUAUACAAUUUUGUAGAUGUAUUGCAAUUUUUUUAACUUAACUGCAGGAUUGAAAAGCUAACAAUAUACGUACAUAUAUAUAUAUAUAUAUAUUUGCAUCAGUUAGACUCAGGUAUUCUGACUGAAAGCUGCUUUGUGAGGUUGAGCUACAGACAAACUAGUGAGCACAUUUGGCAUAAUUCAGACUCAGUCUCCUUUCAGAUCUUGUAUUUUAAAAAUGUUAUGUUGGAUCAGAGAGGCUUACUGUUCGUUAUACAGAGUAAUUCCUACUGUUUGUUUUACUGUGGAUUAAAAAGGAAGGAGUUUUGAUUUUUUUAAUAAGUACCUUGCUUGAAACCAUAAUGUUUACCUGUAGAAUUAAAUGCAAAUGGUCUAAGGAUCUUCUAACAUGGAUUCAGAAUGUGGUCUUACUGAAAGGGUACUCUUCCCUCUCUAAUACUGCCGGUAGACUUGCAGAGAGCAGUUUGGGAUGCUUUGAGGAGAAAGCAGACAGUGUUUAUGCGUACAGAUAUUGCCUAGAAAUCAUGGGGUCUUACAUUUUUAUUUCUGGAUAAGUGUUUUAAAGUAUGAACUUUGAAAGUAACUAAAACACUUUUGAUUUUUGUAGCUAACUUUAUGCAAUCCUGUGCACAUCAGUACAUCGUGGGAGAAAAGUGCUAGUUCAUGUGUAUUUUAGGGUGGGUAUCUCUUGCUGUCAUAGUUUUCAUUCCCACCAAGCUCAUUCAUGGUAAGGGAGGAUACAGGUACGUGUGCAGUGGCAUGAUCCACUCUGAAUUUGGGGCUGAGAAAUAGCAGUAAUAUAAAGCUGAUCCAUAGCAAUUUGCUUUCAUUUGUGGAUUUAACAGUAAAUACAACUUUGUUUUGUAAAGUAACCAAUGUCUAGAACUUGUCUUGCACAGACCUGGACUUGUUGCAGUAGGACAGUGUACUACAGUAUUCGGACCACUUUUUAAUCUUUAACCUGUACUUAUCAUUCCUUGUACUGAUGAUGGCUCAUGAAAACGAAGAAACAAUUAUUGCAAAUUAUAUAUAGUAUAGAGAUAUCUUUUUUAAAAGUAUGUUGAUGCUGAGAGUUGGGGAUUUGCUGAUAUGACAGGCUAAUGCAGAAUGAGGUGAUCCACCAAUUCAGGAACUUCAGUAAUCUUGGAAUUCACAAGGUCUCCCCCUUAAGUGCACACUGGAAUUUAGAAGCCAUACCCUAAAGCUGAACAGUCGUUUUGUUGCUAGAUUUUACAUGGUUCAUGAGAAUUCCAGAGAGUGCUGUUUGUAUUUAAAAGGGCUUAAAAGCAGUUUUUCAGCAGGUGACUAUACACCUUAGAGCAGACAGCAUAGGCAAGAUUGUGUGUCACUUAAGCCCCUUAUUAGGGUCAUAAAGUGCAGUUGCACUUAGAAGCAUAUGAUUCUGCAAAAAUGGCAUUGUAGGGUUCCAUGUGUGGUGUUGCAUUUAAUUCCAUAUUGCAAGAACUCAAGUGUACAAAGAAAAAGGAAUUUCCCCCUUUCUUCCUACCCUAAAUGUCUAUUCCAAACAAAGCUAUUGGUCUUAUUUCUUCGCUGCUUUUGUGCUGUUUUAGGAAAUUAGCUUACCUUAACUGGUGGCUUGUUAUUAAAUCUAACUUUUGUUAAUGUGUUGUUGACCGGUAUUAAACAAUCUGCUCAGUGUAGAACAGAAACCAGAUGUCAAUUGAAAUUAUCAUAUUUAUGCCUGAAACACAUAGGGCCUAAAUAAUCUGAUAACCGGCUAUCUUAUUGCUCGCUUUCUGAUUACCGAAGAGGAAGCUUAUAUUGCUUAUGUCCUGACCUGCUUCUGUGCCCCCUCAAAGAUACUUUCUUACCUUCGAUCUGUGACAUUUAAAGGCACAAUACUCCACCUGCAUGGCACAGCACAUCAUCUUGCUUUCCAGGCCUGAUAGGAUCAGUGCUCAUUCUUGGUUGGAACACUUCCAUUCGGGUACUUUAUGGUCCUUUGAACCAAAGCCUUAACUGCAGUGAAUAGAAUCCAUCUGCUUGGCAUCUCCAUAUAUUGAAUUACUUCAUAUAGUCAAAUAAUGGGUUGUUGAGGAAAGGCCAUAAUUUAAUCCUGGGAUGUUAAAAACCCUCUUGCCAUGAACUGCCUUGGUUAUUUUCCAAGAGCUUGAGUGCCUUGCCUAAUUCAGACAAAACAAAGUAUAGACAUUCAUAGCAUUCAUUAGUACUUGUGAUGCCUCCACUUCAGAAUAAAUAUUGCUUGGUUUGUUGUGUAUAGUCACAGCCAUGAAGUACAGCUCUUACAUGGCGAGGCUUGAAGUGAGGUACCAUUGAGUAUAAAACAGGACUUGGAAAAAUCUUAGCCCAAAGUAGCUCUGAAAGGUGGCUGUACGGCGAAGUAAAACCCGGUUUUGAGAAACCCAACUUCGCUGCUGUCCUUAAAAACGGGCAUUUCUACUGAGCUCUGCCUUGGGCUUCCUCCGUAUUUUGUAUGGACCUGUUAAGGAAUCAGAUUAAAUCUGAAGCCCCACUGAUUCUCUUCAACUGUUGGGAGGGAAAGAAGCUUUGCUUUCAAUCCCCUCGUACCUGCCUGUCCUGAGGGAUCGAGAAGGGCAAGCCUCUGCCACUGUCAGCUUUUCUAGCCUUUGUGUGGUUUUUCACCUAUGAAACUACAGUAACUCUGCAGCUGUGAGCUUUUUCAAGGAGCAGCCUGACAGUGAAAGGAAGACAAGUUUUAUUGCUGCUCUCAGGAUUCUGAACAGCAGAAGUGAAACUGGGUAAGUUUAGCUAGUUUCAGGUUGCUGCUUGGCAGAGCUGCAGUAGAAAUACUGCAUUUGUAUGGCUGUAGCCUCAAAGAAAAUACAGCAUUUAUUCACUGUUGGAAAGUUAUUGGCACAAUGUGAAGGACUAAAAACUUCAGGUUUUUUAAAUCAAAUGUUAAGUACUGUUGGAAGUGAUCAUGCAAGCUUUCUUGCCACCCAGGGAAAGCUUCUUUCUUGUGUCUGGAUUUUUCCAGCCAAGAAUUAAGCUGUUGUAUUCUGUAACCACAUGCAACAAUUCUGGAACUUGCCCCUACCGUCUGUAUGACUGAAUGAGGAAAAAUGAUAGUGGAAUGAUUAGCCUUAUGUUAACACAGCCACUGGUGUAGUCUUAAUCCAGCCAGCUUGGCUGCAUUGGUGUUAAAUUUUGUGUAUUAGAAUUUUUCACACAGGUGAGCUCUUAACGCCUCUUGAAGUAGAAAGUUAGAAGUCCCCACUGGCCACCAUCUGUUCAGACUGUAAUUUGGAGUACUUUCUAGGAGGCUUAGAGCUUGCCUAUCUGCUUUGUUAAUGAAUCAUGUGUCAGGCAGAUUCUCAUCACUGGCAUAGUCUGUGUGGCUCCUGCUUUCCUGGAGCUGGGAAUGCUAGAAAGGCAGCUUCUGUAGCAGAGGAAGAAUAAACAGUUGCCAAGAGAAACAUCCACCUGGCUUUGGCUUAUCUUGGGAGGGGGCAGGUGACUUUACUCCUUUCCUGUCUCUCCCUCUAUAGUGACAUUCAACACCACCUCUCCCAGGGCACUAUGGACACUGCUAAUGCUGGAAUGUUUCAGCUUAAUCUGUAUGAAUCUACUUACUACUCCUCACUCUGUGGGAAACGUACUCCCAGUUCCUGGAGUCUGCUUUGAAUCCUUUGAAAAAAUAUCAAGCAGUGGCCUGAGUAUCUACAUGAACCAGCUGUGGCAUGGUGGAAGUAGAGAUAUGCUAGUGUCAAUAUUAACCAACACUGAGCAUUGCCUUGAGCAAGGGGUAAGAACCUGAACAAGUCCUAUACUUUGCCCACCUAAGUAACAUUAGCCUGGGAUGACCCUUUGGUGGAGGCUUUCCAAAUGCUUUCCCCACCCAGUGUAAUCAUUGUAAGAUGAUAUUUUACUUUAAGACAUAGAAUUACUAAGAUGUAAUAUUUUUGCAGUCUUGCUGGUAUUUAUUGGUAUACAGUAUUUGCAGUAGGUAAGAGUCUACUCGUUAAUGUGCAAAGGUGAAUUUAUUUCACCUCAAAGGGAUAGAAAAUUUUUUGUAUCCUUUGAUUAUAUUCAAAAGCCAGCCCAUGGAAUUCUAUCACAUACUUUAAUAAACUUGUAAUUUAUUUUAAAA